UGUCCACCCUGUCAACAUCCCCCAGUCUGUCGGUCUUUGCUGCUGUCGCGCACGCAUCUCCGCUUUGUCCUUGAUGUCGUCCUUCUAUUUGGAAUCUUGAGACUUAACUUGCCUACUCUUAUCACCCCUUCUUCGGUCGCCCAAUAUGGACGUCGUCGCCGCGGUCUCGGGUUACAUCUCCAAGAUGGUUACCGCAGGCGAUUCACCAACCCCGGGCUCUUCAUCCUCAGCUAAGAUGAAAAUCUUGCUCCUUGACAGUGAGACAGUGCCCAUUGUCUCAACCGCCAUCACCCAGUCGGCGCUCUUGAACCAUGAAGUCUACCUGAUCGAUCGACUCGAUAAUGCCUCCCGGGAACGAAUGCGGCAUCUGCGAUGCCUCUGUUUUGUACGGCCAUCUUCUACCUCGAUCCAGUUCUUGAUCGACGAACUCCGAGAACCCAAGUACGGCGAAUACUAUAUUUACCUGAGCAAUAUUAUUCGCAAAUCAUCGCUUGAAAGACUUGCCGAAGCCGAUUCCCAUGAAGUCGUUCGUCUUGUUCAGGAGCAUUUCGCCGAUUUCCUCGUAAUCAACCCCGAUUUGUGUUCCCUAAACCUAGGGUACCCCCAGCAGCGCCUGUGGAGCCAGUCGCCGGACUUGUGGAACCCAGACGCCCUACAGAGGGCCACUGAAGGCGCGAUCGCAUUGUUGUUGUCCCUGAAGAAGAACCCAUUGAUUCGUUACGAGAAAAACAGCUUGUUAGCCAAGAAGUUGGCCACGGAGGUCCGCUACCAAUUGACGCAGGAAGAGCAGCUGUUCAACUUUCGCAAGACGGAUACGCCACCGAUCUUGCUGAUCUUGGAUCGACGAGAUGACCCCAUCACCCCGCUACUCACACAAUGGACUUAUCAGGCGAUGGUGCACGAAUUGCUGGGAAUCCACAAUGGCCGGGUGGAUCUUCGAGAUGUGCCGGAAAUCCGUCCGGAAUUGCGGGAAAUCGUUCUUUCGCAGGAUCAAGAUCCAUUCUUCAAGAAAAACAUGUACCAGAAUUUUGGCGACUUGGGACAGAAUAUCAAGGAGUACGUGGAACAGUACCAGGCGAAAACGCACAGCACAAUGAACAUUGAGUCAAUUGCGGAUAUGAAACGUUUUGUGGAGGACUACCCCGAAUUUCGCAAGCUUUCCGGAAAUGUUAGCAAGCAUGUCACUUUGGUAGGUGAGCUGAGUAGGCGCGUGGGCGAAGAAGAUCUUCUCGACGUGAGUGAAUUGGAACAGAGCUUGGCUUGCAAUGACAACCACGCAAACGAUCUCAAGAACCUGCAAAGAAUUAUUCAACUACCAAGCGUGUCAGCUGGGAACAAGUUACGGCUGGUGGCGUUGUACGCUAUUCGGUACGAAAAGCAGCCCAACAAUGCUCUUCCGAUUCUUCUUGACCUACUGGUCACUGCCGGUGAUGUUCCUUCCUACAAAGUCAACAUCAUUCCUAAGCUGCUCGCCUAUCACCAUUCCUUGCAGGCGCCUCCUGUCGCAGGUGGCUUCUCAGACUUGUUCGAGUCCACGUCCCUGUUCUCUGGUGCGCGGGAUCGCUUCAAGGGACUGAAGGGCGUAGAGAACGUCUACACGCAACAUUCUCCUCGGUUGGAAGCUACCCUCCAAAACAUGAUCAAAGGACGACUGAGGGAACUCCAGUACCCCUUUCUCGAAGGCGGAGGCCAUACGCGGGACAAGCCCCAAGACAUCAUCAUCUUCAUGGUGGGCGGCGCCACUUACGAGGAAGCCAAAAUGGUCGCUCAAGUCAACGCUAGCUCACCGGGAGUCCGGGUAGUCUUGGGUGGCACGACCAUCCACAAUAGCACAAGCUUUCUGGAAGAAGUCGAUGAUGCCGUGAGCGGCUGGCCCGAGCCCGGCCCCUCCACUGCCGCUGGACGGCUGCAGAGGGCCAUCGGGCAUUAGGUGUAAAUCGAGAGUUCCUGCUAUGAAUAUAUCCAUCGUUGAUUCCAGUCUGUAGCAUGUCAUUGCACACUCGGU